AUGUCACCCUCACCAUCUCGCUCUCCCCCACCGGCCUCGACGCCGCAGCCCGACGAGUCUCAGUUGCCAAAGGGUCAAUGUCGCUAUAUUCUCAUGAUACCUGAGCUCAAGGGUCAGCGGUGCGGCUGUGUGGGGUUCGACCACAACAAAUCUUUACCAGGUGCCACCUGCAACUGUGGACAUCUAUCCUGCUUUCACGUCGCCAAUGCCGAUACCCCCACACCAAGCACUAACAAGUCCGAGAUCGAUGCUAUUCAACAGCGAGUACGAGCCCUGGAAGAACUCUCGAACCCACAAGACCGUGAUCGACUUUCCCAUGUUGUUCGCCGCAUCAGCGUGUUGGAAGAGGCGGUCGAGAAGAACAAGGACGAAACCGAUACUGAACUUAAAGGCUCAUAUCGCAACGCAUCUGCUGCAUGGGCGCUUGUUACACAAUUGCAGCAACACGUUAAAAGCUUGGAACAAACCCUUCGAUCACAAGGUGAACAGCUGGCAAGGACAGGAAGCGAAGUUGACGAUUUGCGCAAUCGCCAACUUGAGCUGCUAGACAGCGACGAAUGCUUGGAAGAAAGGAUCGAAAAGUUAGAGAGCGCCGAGCCUCUAUUGUCACCUCCCCAAGACCCCGAUCCAAGCGAUGCCACCGUGAACACCCUUCAUCUCUCGCCCACAACCACUGUACCCUCACAGCUGCAGUUGAGCCCAGCACACAGCUUAUCGACAAAACCUACCGCUCCAACUGAUCGCCCAAGGUCAUGGACAGUGCAUGUGUCAUUGAUGCCUUCCAAGGACACACCCUUCCCAUUUGAAAAGGAUACAACCUCAUACAAGAGAUGUCUGUCCCGUGGACUUCACCGUAUGCUAGCAGUGGAAGGAGACGAUGCCAAAUCUGUCACAGAGGCUGUAUCACGAGCAUUUGAACCUCUGCUAAAAGGACGGCCAUGGGUUCCAUUGCAAGCAAAGCUAUGCGAUGCUGAGCGUCUACAAGGCUUGCCAAUGCUACGACCCCUGGAGCCCAGGCUUGUCCAUGGUCAGUAUGACCGCGCAUUCCUCAAGCAGCACUGCGCCGUACUGGAUGCUAGUGGUAAGAUGGACUCGCUAUAUAUUGCAAUGGAGCACGACUCUUUGUCAUGGAACUUUCUGAAGCGGUCCCCAGUCUAUCUGGAUGGACUAGAGUCCGCAUGGGAGCGCGAUAGCGUGCUCGACAAAAAGGAGGAACAAGACCCAUCGUCCAGAGAUCAUCACGGCGAUGAAGGUGACGAGUCACCACCCGCCGGCAAUAUCGUUGGAGCCUUGACAGGCCUAAAGCGUAGCAUGUCUGAGAUUUCAUGCUCGUCUCUCGAUGACACCGAAAUACCGUUGGCCAAGUUGCCACGAACAUGUAAGACAUCUCAACUUGAGAUGCGACGCGGCGUAGAAACUGCGUGA